AUGAAUACCUUCUCCAAGCCACCCUGGGUCCCUGCACUCUACCGCAUGCUGGUUGAUUUUGCUGCUCUUGUUGUUGUUCAGUCGCUCAGUAGUGUCCGACUCUUUCUGACCCCAUGGACUGCAGCACACCAGGCUGUCCUGUCCUCCACUAGCUCCCAGACUUUGCUCAAACUCACGUCCAUUGAGUCGGUGAUGCCAACCAACCAUCCCAUCCUCUGUCGCCCCCUUCUCCUCCUGCCUUCAAUCUUUCCCAGCAUCAGGGUCUUUUGCCAUUUAGGUCCACUGCUUAAUUGGUUGAGAUUGCUCCUUGCCCAGGAGUCCCACCCUCUCAGUGCUGACCCAGCCCCCUGUCCUGGCCAUCCUUGCUCCUCCCCUUCUCCUGGGCAUGCCUGUUCCUCUAUGGGGAUUACCUAUUAUGAUUUAUUUCUUUUUUUUUUAUGA